AACUUGUUGAAAAAGUUUUUCAAAUUUUAAUUAAAUAAUUACAAGUCUGCAUGCACUACAAUGGAGCAAUGGUUAACAGAAGGUUUAUCCAGAAUCUUAGGCUUCCAAGUUCCUGAAGAUUUAAUAAGCUAUGUUUUAUCAAUUGAAAACGAGGGUGAUUUAAACGAGUAUUUGAAGACACUUCUUGAUUUCGAAAAUCCACAACACAAGAAUUUUGUGUCUGAAUUAGUCAAAAGAAAAUUCCCAUCCAGAGCAAAUUCCAUUCAAAGACCGCAAAAAAAGAAAAUAUCGAAGAACAAGCAGCAGAAAACACAAGACUUUGUGUCGGUGGAAGCACCACCUCCUGAGAUUGAGCCAGAAGCCAAGUCCAAGAAGAAAACCAAGUUUGUCAACCUUUACUCCCAGGAGGGGAAAAAUGCUCAGGUUGUUUUGUUAAAAGGUCGAAACCACUGUGACUGUCAGGCAUCGAAGCAUGAGCUCAUCAACAACUGUUUGCAGUGCGGCCGUGUUGUCUGCAAACAGGAGGGCUCAGGGCCCUGUCUAUUUUGUGGCAACUUGGUGUGUACUCCAGAAGAGCAGAAAGAACUGAAUUUAAAGACCAAGGCCAGUGCUAAGCUGAAAGAGAGCUUAAUGGAACGCGCGAGGCCGCAGGGCUGGCAGGCUGCGCUCAGCCAUAGAGACCGGCUGCUGGAGUACGACCGGACCAGCGAGCGCCGCACGCACGUUACCGACGACGACAGCGACUAUUUCAGUGCGAACAGCGUGUGGCUCAACGCUGCUGAGAAGGAGAAACUUGAGAAGUAUCAGCAGACUCUCCACGAGAAGAAACACGUCUCGCGUUUGGCUAAGAAGAUGACCUUUGAUUUUGCCGGUCGUCAAGUGGUGGAAGACAACACCAUAGACUAUGACGUAGACGAGGAUAAGAUCCGGGAGAUGAGCGGCGGUAGCGGGGCCACAGCGCCUCCCGGGUUCAUCAACCACGCGCUGUUGGGUACAGAUGGUAGCAGGGACGUCGCGCCGGGGGUCAACGCUAGUCUGCUGCAGUUUGACUCAGCCGUCGAAGGGCAAGGUUACGCGGCGGCGGUGAUGAAGGCGCCAUCUCUGUCCCAAGCUCCAAGAGUUCAGGAUCCAGAGCUUCAAGAGAUGAGCGACACGGGCCGCUGCCUCUCCAUGCACCAGCCCUGGGCCUCGCUGCUCGUGGACGGGAUCAAGAUGUGCGAAGGGCAAAUGUACGCGGCAGUACUGAAGGCGCCGUCUCUGUCCCAAGCAACGAGAGUCCAGGACCCAGAGCUUCAAGAGAUGAGCGACACGGGCCGCUGCCUCUCCAUGCACCAGCCCUGGGCCUCGCUGCUCGUGGACGGGAUCAAGAUGCGAAGGGCAAGUGUACGUGGCAGUACUGAAGGCGGCGUCUCUGUCCCAAGCUCCAAGAGUUCAGGAUCCAGAACUGCAAGAAAUGAGCGAUACAGGCCGCUGCCUCUCCAUGCACCAGCCCUGGGCCUCGCUGCUCGUGGACGGGAUCAAGAUGUGAGCGAAGGGCAAGGGUAUGUAGCUGCAGUGAAAUCGCCGUCUCUGUCCCAAGCUCCAAGAGUUCAGGAUCCUGAGCUUCAAGAGAUGAGCGACACGGGCCGCUGCCUCUCCAUGCACCAGCCAUGGGCCUCGCUGCUCGUGGACGGGAUCAAGAUGCACGAGGGCCGCACGUGGUAUAGCAGUCACCGCGGGCGAUUGUGGAUCGCUUCCACCGCUAAGCCGCCCGAUCAAGACACAAUACGGGCGCUGGAGAACCAAUACCGUGUGCUGUAUCCAGAGAAGCAGCUGCAGUUCCCGUCUUUCUACCCGACGGGCUGCCUGCUGGGCUGCGUCACCGUCGACGACUGCCUGCCACAGGAGGACUACCAGAAGAAGUACCCAGAUGGGGAGAGUGACAGUCCGUACGUGUUCAUUUGUUCGAAUCCCGUCAGCUUGCGGCUCCGGUUCCCAAUCAAAGGACAGCAUAAAAUAUAUGCACUGGACAAGACUAUCCACCACGCCGCCAUGAAAUGCAUCCAGAAGAUGAGCAAGAUACAAGCAGGGGAGGCCAAUGCCGACCAGUGGCAACAAUUUCAGUGAAAUAUGUCCCAGUUCAGUAUAUUCCUAAGCGUUUGUUUUUUCAUAAAUAAAGCACAUAAAUUGUUAUGAAA